AUUCCAAUUCUUGACUCCGUUCGGCAAACAACUCGAAAGAGUUUCAAAAUUCUCCGUUUUCAUAUUUAAUCUAAUAUUGCAAUAAACAAAACCUAAAAUGGCUGUACGUCCUUUUGGGCCUGGUCCUGGUGCUUAUAUGCUGCCACCUACUGUGGGUUAUGACCAUCAUGAUUCACGCAAAAACCGAUUGCCCCAAUAUUCGUUUGGCGUGCGAACAAAUCUGAAUGGCGAAAAUUCUGGUCCUGGACCCGGUGCCUAUUUGGUUGACAAAUUGACUCGUCAUGGCAAGGCUGGUGGUUUGGAGUUCUCCAUUGCAGGAAGAACAAACACAAUAGAUAAAAGAGUCGGCCCCGGACCGGGUGCCCAUGAUGUACACCUCAAGCCCUUCUUCUCUGGGACAAAUGCCCCAGCCUAUUCAAUCGGACUUAAGACCGAUUAUGCCUUUAAGAAGCAUGGACCUGGCCCAAAUGCGUACAAAUAUGAGGUCAAUUCUGUUAAGCCUGCUGCCCCUGCUUACAGCAUGGGCUUGCAAACGAAAAUUAAUCGCAAACAUGAUUCUCCUGGUCCAGCAGCUUAUGCUGCUGGAGAUCUUAAUAUAAAAUUGCCAAGUGCUCCACAAUAUAGCAUGUCUCAAAGGUGCGGAUUACGUUCGAAGACUGUGGGACCCGGUCCCAAUUACUACGAUCUUAUGUAUUAUCGACCGGGUAAAACUGGACAUUCGUAUUCGUUUGGUAUACGCCAUUCGCAGUACGCGCCACCUAUGAUUGUUAAAUGUGAUAAUAUGUAGUUUUUGAAGAGCAGAUUGCAAUAUUAGAAAAAAUAUGUACCAAAAUUUCAGUUCAAAAUAAAUUUCAGUUCAAAAAAUU